AUGGGACAGUGCUACGUUAGGAGAUACAACGACGCAGAGGUGCUGAACCAGAUCAGCCUGCGCGGCACAGAGUACGACAGUCCGGUGUGGGAGUUGGAGGACCGUCGUGGUGAGGGUGUGGAGAGGGGAGACAGAGGAGGAGGAGGAGGGAGGGUGUUGCUGAACCCAACCAUCGACGAGGACAGUGAAGGGGAGGAGGAGGGGGCAGGGGAGUUCAGAAGUGGUGGGCGACUGGUGUUUGCCGAGUCUGAAGAGAUGGAGGACACGCCCAUAACUCCACCCACUGACAACAGGUAUGGGGAUUGCGUCGGUAGAACGCUCGGUCUUGUCGGCAUGGGCAAUAUCGGAAAAGAGACAUUCAAACUGGCAAAACCGUUUGGAAUGCGACAUAUCACUUGCGAUCCGUACGUCACACCUGCUGAGGCGGAAGAAAUUGGUGUAGAACUCGUCGAUCUGGAUACGCUGAUGCGAACUGCUGAUUUUGUCUGUGUCUGUUGUCCGUUGACCGAAGAGACGCAAGGACUCAUUGAUGCGAGAUGUAUCAGCCUGAUGAAACCGACGGCUUACCUGAUUAACACUGCACGCGGUCCAAUUGUUGAGCAGAAGGCACUUACAGAGGCACUUCAGGAUCAGCGGAUUCAAGGUGCCGGGCUUGAUGUGUUUGAGCAGGAACCGAUUAGCGAUGACGAUCCACUUUUAAACUUGGACAAUGUUAUCGUUACGCCACACAGUAUCUGCUGGACUGAUGAAUGCUUUGAAGGUAACGGUAAGAGUGCAUGUGAGAGUAUCAUCAGCGUAGCUUCGGGGCAAAUGCCGUCGUGGAUUGUGAAUCGAGAUGUUAUAGAUAGCCCAAAACUACAAAAGAAACUAACAGAUUUAGAAUAA